AUGCUUAGGUUGUAUGAGGGGAUGAUCUUCCUUCCAGACUGUCCUCCAGAUUGUACCUUUGUCCAGAUAGUACACCACAGCACAAUUAGAAUUCCCCCUCGUGAAGAGUACCACAUUCCUGUGCGUCUCAGUCGCCAUUCAAUAUUCGACAACCUCUGUGUACAUACAGGCAAGCCAAGCCUCAUGACUGUAAACUAUAUACAGUCCUAUUCAUUCGAGGAAAAGAGGGGGAUCCUGUCAUACAGAGAGUUCGAGGGCAUUGAGGUUACAAAGCAGAAGAUACUAAAGUCGGAGAUAUAUGAAGUUCUCCCUCCUUUUAGAAUCCAAGAGUACUUCGAUGGGACAUUCCUGUUUCUCAAGCUAGAAGAGCUAUUUGGGGAGGGUAAGAUAGAUGAGUAUGAACUGUACAGUGAGAGAAACGAACGCAUGGAAAAGAAAGGGUCUGUGUAUAGGGUAUAUCCAGACAAGAGAUACGAUCAGGAAUAUGUGAUCUUUGGAAAGGGUUUCAUAUACCGGCUUAGGCCUGGAUGUGUUUUUGCGUGUCCAUUUUACUUCAAGUUCUGGAGCACUUCAAGUAUGGUGUACUUCGUUGCAAGGCCAAGGAGCGGUGUUUUGAAGGUAGAAUGCCCGGGAUUGAUUGAAUCUGACACGUCGAAGGGCACCAUUGGGAUUCCACCAGAAAGUCUCGACAGACAGGGGGGCUUUCUAUGUGUGGGAAGCCAUAGAGUUGGAUUCUCCCCCGAAUUCUACAAGCAUUAUUGUGGGGAUUACAAUGAGAAGAACACAUGA